AUGUCUGAAGCCAAAGCUACCCCCGCUGCGUCGACCAAGAAGAACAAGAAGAACAAGAGCACUGCUGCUGGAGACGCUGCACUCACCAAUGGCAAGCUCCAAGCUCCACCUGCCGCUACUCCAGCCCAGUCGCAGCGAGAGGAACUCCUAGCAGAGCGAGCUGAGAACAAUGCUGCUGUAGCCGCCGUCGCUCUUCUGGCAGACAAGACGGAUCAGCCCGCGACUCCCCUCACGGCGGCCGAGCGCAUCUUGGCAAAGCGAAGCAAGGCACUCGGCAAGAAGCUACAGAGGAUCGCACAGUAUGAAGCUCAAGACUCAAAGACUCUCAACGAGGACCAAAAGGCAGUCAUUGCCAGCAAGGACAGCGUCAUGGCUGCCAUGAAGGAGCUCAAUGAAGUCGGCAAGGCCUGGAAGCAGGCAGAGCAGGAGAAUGUCGCAGCCCAGCAGGCAGAGACUCAAAAGGCGGUAGAGCACGAGAAGAAGAGCGGAGAGGCUACCGGCGAUGCAGCUCUUACCCUUCUUCAGCAAUUCCUACGCCUCUUCACUGUCCUCCACCUCCCUCAGAUUCAGGUCUCUACCUUUGCUCCAACGAUUUCUCCUGCCUUUACCGACUCUAUCACUUCUCAGGAGGCGGCCGCUGUAGGCAAAUUGUACCAGGACAUCAUCUCUCAGUCUCUCUAUUCUGGCGCAGAGGUUGGACAAAGCAACGAAGGCAGCGUCAAGGAGCUGUUGUCGUCCAUCGAGGGCGGAGAGGCCGACAAGGAGGCAUUGGCCGGUGUGAGCUUCGCUCGAAUCAAGGAGCUCCUCUCCCACGUCAUCGCCCCUUCCACCUCCGACGUGCCCUCUGAGAAGGUCCCUACGGCUGCUCAGAGCGGCACCGACAAGGGCGAUGAGGCGGUCAGUCACGAGAAGGCUUCUGCGGAAGAGGCCAUCGACGUUGCUCCCGAGCUUGUGGAGCCACCUGCAGCUGCGUCACAAAGCAAAGCGGAAACCGCCCCGGCCGCUCCUCAUGUCAAUGGCAAGCAAAGCCCUCCCAAGGCCCCAGUAGCAUCUGGCGAGAUCUCCUUCUUGCAGUCGAGCGAAGUCAGUCGUGUCGCUAGCGCUGCACCCAGCCUGCAUGGCGACUCGGAACAGCCGGCCGAAGAGAAGGUUGCGGUCCAUUCAAGUGGGGAUGAUCAAACUGCUUCGACCGAAAAGGCAUCAGAGAAGCCAGCUUCACCUGCCGUGCAAGUUUCAAAGUUCGAUUGGUCGGCAGAUGUAGAGGGCGGAGAGGACGACCUUGGUGACCCCAUGCAGGCCUUCCCGGAUCAAGAUUCUCGCAGCGUGACCUUGAACUCCUCGCUCUCUUCAGAGGACAAGACGGAGGGGCUCUCCUCCAAUGCUCGAAUCGGCUACGACGCUGCUGCUGAGUCCGAGGCCAAUGGCGGAUUAGCCUUGCCCGCAAGGCGCACAAGCACUCCAGCAGCCAAAGUCUCGCAGUCCGCAAGUGAGGAGGCAAAAGCGCCAGCCGAGCCUGAAGCUACCGCCCCUCGUGAGCAGAAGGGAGGAAAGGCAAACGGCGCAGCCAAGUCUGGAUCGCAGCAGCAGCGGCCUGCCGCUCCUGCUCCUGCUCCUAGCAAGAAGGCUCCCAUUGUCGACGAGGAUGGCUUUGUGCUCCAGACGAGCAAGAAGUCAUUGCACCAACAGCAACAGCAACAGCAACAGCAGCAACAGCAGGCUUCCUUCCGAGGUCGAGGUAGGGGAAGGGGUGGACCUCGUGGUGGAGGUGGGGACAGAGGAGGACGAGGAGGAGCUGGUGGUGCUCGGGGUAGGGGAGAGUUCAGGGGUGGUGCAAGGGGCGGUCGAGGGGCAGCGAGCGCAGGUGGCCCUCCGGCGCCAACGUCGGCUGCGGGACAGUGA